AUGUCGCACUGCGCAGCUGUCACGACAAGGCGAUCGCCGGUGCUGGGGGCACGGGGACCUUCUCCCCCCCUGCUCUUUGCCACCGCCUUCGUCCUUCUUGGUAUUUUGUUUCAAUGCGCGACCCCUGCAGCCGCGCAAAACUCCCCCAGCUCAGACGAGUACUAUGAUGGCACAUACUAUUACCACGUCAUCUUCCGCAGCGCCCCGGCCGGGGGCGACUCUAGAGAUGGUCCCAGUGGAGUGGGCAUAUACGGUGUAGUCGGGUACGGCGGCGCCAUGGUGAAUGACGGGGUGGUGUUCUCAGACAUGGGAGGCAGCGGCUCCGCUAUUCGCCAUAUCUCCAAGUCAGGUGUUCUUGUCACCGUUGCCGGCAAUCUCAGAAAGAGGGGCAACCACGAUGGCCCUUCCGUGGACACCCUCUUCGGCGGCAUCCCUAGUGGCGACAGUCGUGCGAACUCCCUCGCGUACGGCAACGGCGGCUUCUACCUGGCCGAUACCCUGAACGACGCCCUUCGCUUCACCAACGCCACGACGAACGCGACGACGACGAUAUUAGGCUCGGACCUUCUCCGUACGCCCAACUCGCUCGCCGUCUCGAUCAUCAGCGGCAGAACCUCCGUUUUCAUCUCUAACACCGGCCACCAUACUGUUCUCUAUAUUCCGACCCUGGGCAGUCCGGUGGGCCAGGUGAGCUUCACCACCGACCCCAACUUCGUGCCAGGCGCGAUCACCGUUCUGUCCCAUCUCAGUCGCGCCUUCAUCGUGAACGCGACCUUGCAGAUGUACUGCUGGUCGUACGUCCAGCCCGGCUCCCAGUCGUGGAAGGUGAGCACGCCUCUCGUAGCCGACUUUGGUCGAAUUCUCCAAGCGAGCGAAGAUGGCACACGGGUGUUGUAUGUGACCACCAACGGCAGCACAAUCGUCUCUCUUGACGCGACAGCAUCGUCGGCCGCCUCGCCGUCGCUGGUGCCGCAGAGAAUGAUCGACCUCGACCCUUCGCUCAUCGGCGGUACGAUUCAACUCUUCUUUGAGCGUACCUCGGACAGCUGGUACAUCCUCACGACUACCCAGUUUUUGAUUGUCUCAGCGACCCCUAUCCACCCGGGUGAGAGCAGCAGCAGCGGCAGUAGCGGCAGUAGCAGCAGCAGCAGCAGUAGCAGCACCAGUAGCAGCAGCAGCAGCAGCAGUAGCAGCAGCAGUAGCAGCAGCAGCAGCGAAGGCAUUCUUUCAGGUCGCCACCAAGGCAUUGCAGCCUUCCCUACAGCAGCCUUCCCCACCAACGACAGCUGCCUCAUGACCCAGGUCUACGACUGGAUGCGCGUCGACGCUGCAGCGGCCUACAACACCGAAGACUUUGUGAUCGAGUUUCUGGUACCUCCCACGAACAUCACCACGCUCGUGGAGGGCGACGUGAACGUAUCGACGUGGUGCGGCAACGUUACCGCCGACCGCAGCAACGACGGCACGAUUUUGAUCAUAUUGUUCUGGGGCCCGCGAGGCCGCGACCUGGCGUUCACGCAAAAUGCCUUGGCGGAAUCCCCAUGGAAACGGACGCGAGAGUUUUUGGAGUCACUGAAUAGCAGUGGCUGGAACCUUGGCCCCUUCUGCUUCUACAACUGCAGGACCACCUGUAAGACGAUCACGGCCCCCAAGUGCCCUGCGCACAUUGAAUCGGCGUGCGACGGCGUGUGCAAGGGUGCUAUCGCGUCCUCAGUGGUGAUAGCAUCGGCUGGCGUCAUACUCUUUAUACUGAUGAUCGUUAGUCCAUCGAACAUCUUCACGGCGGUGGUGAUGGUCCCUAUCAUUUAA